CGGCAACGGCCUCACCCACUCGCCCCUUGUCCGGAAUCUCGUCUUAUCUAGUGUAGGUCAAGAGGCGAACUUGCAUUGAUCACACGGACAAGAGCAGACAAUGAUGGAUAGUGAAAGCGACUGGCGACGUUCAGUCACUGCUUCAGAACGCUAUGACAAUAUCCAGCGACUCGCCAAGGCGGUAGCAGCGGCGGGGCUCAGUCAGAGUGCUUUCUCUCUUGAGAGCGAGGCCUACAAGAAUGCAAACAGCAGGGAAGAGUACGAUGCCGCUUGCAGCAGCUUGCCAAGCGUCACAGGGCAAGACUUGCCCCCGCAACCAGAACCCCCAGACACUGAUGGGCAGCACUCCUCUCCCGGCAUCACCAUCGGCCGCUUCCAAAGCUGCCACUACAUCGCCAGCGGCGUGACCUCCGCCGUCUACCGCUCGCAAGCCCACGCCCUCAAAGUGAUCGUCGAGAGCCACGCGAUCGAGCCUCACAAUCCACACCGCGAGGCCAAGAUCCUCGAGUCCCUCCGCGCCACGGAACCCCCGAACAUCAUCCCCCUCCUUGAAACCUUCCGCGACCGCGAGCAGCGCUUCGUCCUCGUCUUCCCCUACCAGCCGUUCACCCUCGCCCAUCUCCUCUCCCGCCAUCACCAAACCACCGCCCACGCGCCUCGCCCCUUCCCCACCGCCCUCACCCAGCCCAUCAUCACCGCUCUCUUCCGCGCGUUGCACCACCUGCACACGCAGGGCAUAAUCCACCGCGACGUCAAACCCUCGGCGCUCCUCCUCUCCUCCGCAGAGCCGACGUCCCCGUCCCAAAUCGUCCUCUCCGACUUCGGCACGGCCUGGCACCCGACCCUCUCCCCGCCGCACGAGCCGGCGCACCACAAGAUCCUCGACGUCGGCACGGGGCCCUACCGCGCCCCCGAAACCCUCUUCGGCAACCGCGCCUACGGGCCGGCGGUCGACCUCUGGGCGGCCGGCACCACGCUGGCCGAGUGUCUGCUCGCUGGCAGCAGCAAAAGCAAGAGCACCACCAACAAACCCCACCGCAGCGCCAUCAACGACGAAGAUGACGGAGACGACGGCAGCGAGGGCGACGGCGAGAACAGCAGCAGCGACAACACCGCGGGGCGGACGCUAUUCGCCUCGCGCGCCGCGCACGAGGACGGCAACCAGCUGGGGCUGAUCCUGAGCAUCUUCCGGACGCUGGGCACGCCGACGCCGGCGACCUGGCCCGAGGCGGCCGCCUUCCGCACCCCGCCGUUCGAGAUGUACCGCGUCUUUCCCGGCCGCGUGGCCACCGAGGGCUGGGAGGGCGUGCUGCCCGGGGCCGGGGCCGAGUGGAGGGAGCUGGUGGCCGGGCUGGUGAGGUACGAGAGCCGAGAGAGGGUUACCGCUGGGGAGGCGUUGCAGUUUGCUUGCUUGAAGGGGGAACGCGUUGAGGGCCAGAAUGAGGGUGGCCUCUAAGGCUGCGGCUGUGCUGACCGUUGGUGGAGAGAAUUCAC